AUGUUCAAGCAAGAUCUUGAGGUUAUUGAUGCUUUACGAAGAGAUGCUAUUCAUGUUAGGGAACCACAUAUCAGUGGGAUAAGAAAGAUAUCAGCAUACGCGGGGCAACUUUCUUGGUUGGGGGGCAAAUUCCCUAUAGACAUUGGAGUGGAAUUCUCAUGGUAUCCAGCUCUAGGUUACCAUACCGAUAGACCUAUCGUCGAAAAUAACCUCAAAUUCGAACUCGCAAACAUAAUGUUCAACCUCGCAGCACUUUACUCCCAACUCGCCAUGUCUUCGAAUAGAAUGAAUACGGACGGCUUGAAAGUUGCUUGUAAUUACUUUGCUCUUGCAGCAGGAGUUCUCAAACAUUUGAAGACCGAAAUUAUACCAGAACUACGCACUUCCCCUCCAGACGAUAUGGACGAUCAUACGCUCGACUCUCUUCAAUAUCUCAUGUUAGCACAAGCCCAAGAAUGUUUUUGGCAAAAAGCAGUAAUAGAUGGGUAUAAAGAUGCAUCUAUAGCCAAACUAGCAUCGAAGGUUUCAGACCUAUAUGCGGAAGCGGGAGAUUGUGGUGUGCAAAGUGAAGCUAUAAGUGCGGAAUGGAUACAUCAUUCUACAGCUAAACAUCAUCAUUUUGCCGCCGCGGCACAAUAUCGCAUGGCUUGUGAUUGUUUGGAGAAGAGAAAAUAUGGGGAGGAGGUAGCGAGAUUGAGGGAUAGUAUUUCUUGUGUUGAUGAGGCAUUGAAGGAACAGAGGUAUAUCAAUAAAAUGGUAUUGGAAGAUUUACAAGGGUUGAAACUUAAGGUAACGGAGGAUUUGAAGAGAGCGGAAAAGGACAAUGAUUUAAUCUAUCUCAAUCCCGUACCACUUAAAUCCCAACUCAAAACUCUUGAACGAGCGAAUAUGGUCAGUGCUAAGAUUCCAAAAGAGGUUUCCGAGCCCAUGACUUUUCUCGGAGACCAUAAAGAGUUUGGACCACUUCUCUUUUCCAAACUUGUUCCGUUUGCGGUUCACGUAGCAGCCAGCAUUUACGAAGAACGCCGCGACCGAAUUGUUAACAACAAUAUUAUCGAUGAACUUGAGAUCUUAACAACUCGCAUUCAUGAUACCCUUCGCUCCCUCAGCCUUCCUGGCUCCUUGCAAGCUCUCGAGAAACCUUUAGGCCUUCCGCCUACUCUACUUUCCCACGCGGAAGAACUCCGUCAGGCAGAUGCCGUUGGCCGUAUCCAUCGAACAUUUUCCGAUGCUGCAAAACUCAAGGCAACAGAUGAAGGCAUUUUCCUCGAAGCAAAAGAGUUGCUACAAUCAGAAGCUUCUGAAAAUGAACGCUUUCUGAGAAAAUUUGGAAGUGAUAGAUGGUCACGUUUAGAUUCUCGGUCUGCAGCUCCAAAACUGUACACUCAAGUCGAUGAAAUUGAGGGUUACUUCAAAAGUGCAGCAAGUAGCGACCAAGUCGUUAUUGACCGAUUCCACGAGUAUGAACCUAUUCUUGAGAUUCUUACUGGUUCUGAUCACGAUAUCGGAAAUUUUGUCCCCAGUUCUCGACGAGUAACCAUACUACCAAAACUCGAAGGAGAAGUUUCAAAAGUUAGAAAUUCACUCAACGAAAUCUCAAGGUUGGAAAGUAGAAGGAGGAGAAAGAUUGAAGCGUUGAGGGGAAAGACAAAGAAAGAUGAUAUUAACCAUAGCAUUCUAACCGAAGCCGCCCGCCUCGAACGAGAAUACCCAUCAACACCAAUUGUCCCUGCACACUUUGAAGAUUUCUUCGAACAACGCCUCUCCCACAACUACGGCAUCGAUCUCGCCUCUCUGAAAUCUGAAACCGAGGAACAGGAAAACCUCCUCCAACAAUUGGAGAUAGCAAACGUAUCAUUCACUAAAGCUAGAGCGGGAGAUACAAGUACCAGGGAAAGAGAACAGGCUUUACAAAAAUUGGAAAUGGCUUAUUAUAAGUACAAGGAGAUAGUCAAUAAUGUAGAUGGAGGAAGGAAAUUCUACAACGAUCUUGCAAAGAUUGUGGGGAGGUUUAGGGAUGGCUGUAAGGCUUUUGUGGGGGAGAGGAGAGAAGAAGGGAGGAGGGCGGAGGCUGAUUUAUCUAUGCCGUUGGCGCCGAUGAGUAAUUUGAGUUUACAUCAUUCCCAGCCUAUAGUGCAUCAUGCGCCACCGCCCCCGCAACCGGUUAUUCCGGUACAAAUGCAAGGGAAUGAGAGUCUACCGCCUCCGAGGAGAGGAAUCAGUCCAAUUCAAGCGCCGGUUCCGCAAAGAGCGAGUUUGCAGAGUACACCGGUUAAUGUGGCGAGUGGUGGGGGUGGUGGUGUAGGGCAAAUGCCGGGGGCGUUUGGAAGUAGUGUGAAUAUGGGGAUGGGAGGUGGAGGUGGGACGUGGAAUCCGGAAUUGGGAAUUAAAUUUGGGGGUGGGGGGGGUGGUGGAGUGGGACAAAAUCCUGAGGGUGCGUCUGGACCGACACAGCCGAAACAAACGACGUGGGAUCCGAGUUUGGGGCUGAGAUUUGGGUGA